AUGUGGGAAUUUGGAAAAAUUGUCACGACAAGUUUUGACACCUCAAAUUUUGAUUUAUGGGUCGACGUAAUCAGAAAUCUAACAGUGGCAUUUUUGCUUGCAGUUUUACAAGCCCGCAACGCCAACGUCGAAAAUGGUAACGGUGAAUUGGAAUCGUUACCAAGCUACACCAUAGUUUCCGGUCUUCCAAGCUACGCCGAGGCGCUCGAGCAGCUCAAGAAAGUUAAGGAGCAGAGCGCCCCGAGGAUCGACGGCGCCGGCCCAUGGACGCCGCACACUCCGCCGACCCCAUCCCCAAUGUCCAGGCUAUCCGUAGCCGAACUGUUUCAAAUAUACAAGACUCCCAACUUGAAUUUGGCAGUCAAAAAUUAAAGAAUCGGAAACAAAUAACGAUGUGCCAAAGUUCUGCAAUGCAUCGGGCAUCAAACGAAGUACAAAGGUUUCAACAUGUGCCUAUUAGGUAAUUAAUUAAGGACAAAAUGGCUGUGCUAGGUAAUUCUUUUUCUAACGAGUAGCGGGUACGAAGAUAGAACUGAUCGAUUUAUUUGAGUUUGUGAUAAUUUAACUGCGUGUAUGACGCUGGUCGUUUAUAACUCCUUAGAUAUAAUGCAUUAAAAAAUGUUAAUAUUUAUUUUCAAAUAAAUGAAAGUUUUUUUUGUA